UAAGAAGCCGUACUUUAAGGUCACUAUGUGUGCCUCAUAUUUACAACUUGGAUUUGUGCAUGUACCUGCGGCUUUUGCAACCCAGUAUUUGAAACAUGCAGUUAAGAAGGUCAUUAUAAGGGUUUCGGAUGGGAGAAGAUGGAAAAUUCAUUGUAUUACUAAAGAUGGAUAUAAACGUGCAAAGCUCUCCGAGGGUUGGGCCAAGUUCGUUUCAGAUAAUCACUUGAGUAAAGGUGACAUUUGUGUUUUCAAGUUGGUUAAUGAGGAAAGAUUCGUGAUGAAAGCUUCCAUUGUUCGAGUCUCUUAGAAUGGGGAAUAGAGUGGAACCGCAUGUACAGAGAAGGCAUAUAUGAAGCUACUGAAGAUACAUGGUAGUGUUGCA